AUGCAAGGCUGGCUUUGUGUCAGUGCUGAACGGUCUCCGGGAGCCAUGGGCGCGGCCGGCUUCCCUCUCCUCGCAGCUCGAGAAAUUGCGUCAGAUGUUGCCCUGUUCACCCCCCAUCCUGGUGAAGUCCAAGCAGGCGAAGUCGAAAUCAACAUCAGACUAAGGAGAUUUUGCCUCUCGACGUUUGUAACAGCCAAGUCGUAUCUUCGCUGGCUCGACGGAGGCGUCAAAAUCCUCCUCCAGGCAUCGAGACGCACAGAUGUACACGACUCCAGCGGUUGUCAUGCGGGGAGAAAGAACAUCUGCGUCCACAGCGUCAGGUGUGGCCCCGGAAACAGCACUUUCACGGGACACGACGCACUGCUCCGGUCAACAGCCAACUGCGCUAAGGACAUAAAGGGUGCCUGCCCUUCGCCGUUCUCCCCGAAGAGGGGAACGGACCCGGCAGACCUCCGAGAGAUACACAUCCAGCGAGAAGUCUCCCGCGACCCCGAGGACCGACGGCCAGGGGUCGGGGCCGAGGCGCGUCCUCUCCUACUUCCGAAGCGUUCCUUCGCCAAGGUCGACGGCUUCUUCCAGCACGUGAGCGCCUCGCCGCCCCGCAUCCUGCAGUCUCAGAGGAGCCCUGCUACCCCCUGGCCGCAGUUUGAGAUCGACCUCGAGAACUCUCCGUUGCGACGUUUGCUGGACGCGCAUGACCCGAAAGACGGCUCCCUCUGCAGACAGAGCGGAUGCCUCGACCUCGCACCGCGCCUCGGCGAAGCUAGGGCCCCUCCGUCGCCUCGCGCGUGCCUCCUGCUCUCGCCCUGGAACACCCAGCGCUUCGUGCCGCAGAGCCCCUCGCAGUUCAUCUACCAGGCCGAGUCCUUCCUCGUCGGCAGCGACAGGUUGGAGCGCUCUCCCUCGCCUCCCGGGUAUUGCUGGAAACAUUGCUGAUGGCUGAGCGCAUGUCAAGUCAACAGAAAAUGAAAAUAUAGUUAAUGAAAGGAAUGUGGUAACUUUUCUUAGGCACUUUCAUGCCUAGACCUUAGUUUUUACAUAUGGCAGCGAUAUCUCUAAAGAGAAAAGGAAUCAUAUUGUUCUUUAAUUUUGUUCACCCUUUUUUUGAUGUCCUCAUCACAUGAAAAUAUGUUACCUAUAGUAAGGGUGAUAUGUACCACCAGGUGGCA